AUGUCACCCUCCGCUGAGACACCAUCAACCGGCACAAGCAACGGCAGCACGCCGAGCCUAGCACACAACCCCAACCAUGAAGAACACCAAUAUCUCAACCUCAUCCGCACGAUCCUCGCCUCAGGCGAAUACAGACCCGACCGCACAGGUACCGGCACACGCUCCAUCUUCGCACCCCCUCAGCUCCGCUUCUCGCUCUCAAAACCUGCUCCCAACCCCGCCGACGACCCCAUCCCCGUCCUCCCCCUCCUGACCACCAAGCGCGUCUUCCUCCGCGCCGUCGUCGCCGAACUGCUCUGGUUCAUCUCCGGCUGCACCUCAUCCCUGCCGCUCUCCGACCAAGGCGUCAAGAUCUGGGACGGCAACGGCAGCCGUGAGUUCCUCGACAAGGUCGGCCUGGACCACCGCGAGGUCGGCGAUCUGGGUCCCGUGUACGGGUUCCAAUGGCGCCACUUCGGGGCCGAGUACGUCGACGCCAAAACCGACUACACGGGACAAGGCGUUGACCAGCUCGCCGAGGUCGUGCACAAGCUGAAGAAUAACCCCUUCGACCGCCGCAUCAUCAUGAGCGCCUGGAACCCCGCCGAUCUCAAGAAGAUGGCCCUCCCGCCUUGUCAUAUGUUCGCCCAGUUCUACGUCUCCUACCCCAAUGGCCAAGACCAGAAGGGUCAUCUCCACUGCCAGCUCUACCAGCGCUCGUGUGACGUCGCCCUCGGCGUGCCGUUCAAUAUUGCCUCCUACGCCCUCUUGACCCAUAUGAUUGCUCAUGCUGUGGACCUGCAUCCCGGUACCUUUGUUCAUGCCAUGGGUGAUACUCAUGUCUACCUGGACCAUGUCGAGCCCUUGCAGGAGCAGCUGGUGAGGGAGCCCACCGAGUUCCCGGAGUUGAAGAUUCGUCGGGAUGACCGCGGUAGUGGGGUGGUCGAUGGCUGGAAGCCGGAGGAUUUUGAGGUCGUCGGGUAUAACCCUCACAAGGCUAUCAAAAUGAAGAUGAGCGUUUAG